UCAAAGUGUAUUGACCCAUAUUCAUUUUUAUGAAAUGUGCCUGCUGCUUGGAGCCACGGGUGUUGGAAAGACAUUGCUGUUAAAACGUUUACAGAAGCUAUGUUUGCGUGAUGGGUCAUUUGAUUUAGGAGAACCUCCAGUUACUCUGCCCACGGUUGGCACCAACUUAACAGAUUUGACCCUGAAGAGGAAGAGGGUGACUGUGAGGGAGUUGGGAGGUUGCAUGGGACCUAUUUGGCCAAGCUACUUCACUGACUGCUCCUCUGUCAUUUUUAUGGUGGACUCCGCCAACAUCAUCCAGAUAUCCUCCUCCUGUAUUCAGCUCUUGUCUGUUCUCUCUGCUGAGCCACUGCAUAAAGCUUCUGUACUGGUGCUCUUUAACAAGAGGGACCUCCCUUGUACGAUGAGCCUCGUGGAAAUGAAGUCACUUUUCAGGAUGGAUGAUAUCAUCGCUUGUGCCUCUCAGCCAAUAACAACACUUGAGCUUAGUGCUCGCUCUGGCCAAGGACUCCGAGAGGUGCUGAGCUGGCUGGACUCGACCGUUGGAGAGUGACCUUGUGUCAUCACCCUGAUUCUCAGGGA